GUGGACACACUCAUAGGACUUUCGACCUACCGAUUGCCGGUCGUUACUGAGGCUAUCGCUGACGCGUUGGAAAGAAUUCCGAUCAGCAACAAUCACCCAACUGUAUCAUUCAACGACGAAACUACACCAACGGAGAUGCUGCACUCUCAAUAUUUCCUUGUGUGCCUCAUGUCUGCAUGUCUCCAGCAAUGGCGCGAAAACAACCCGUCUGAUCUGACGGAUCAUCCAGAGGUAUCAACACAUUGCAUCCGAGCAACUGGACAUACCUCGACUGACUCUGUAGCACAGCGACCCGAUGUGGCGCUGGAUGAUAGGAUCGCACACCGCAUAUUAGCGAUCAUGGCACCUUUUUUGCGCCAACCGCCUCGUACGGCGACGGCUAUAAAUAGAGAGCUCGAACACCGAUCGCUGCUGAUGGGGAAACGCUUUAACAUGCAAGAAUCAAUUUUUACAGAGACAUACAACUGUGCAACAAUAAGCGAGCAUUAUACCGCUGAAACGCUACUACUGACGCGACUCUAUGUGCUCGCUGGCAGGGUCGUGUACUUCGUCAGUAUCAGUAACUGGUGCGUUACAUAUAUUAGAAUCAAAUCCAGGUUGGAAGCUCUAUCGUAUAAGCCUAGCAACGCAGAAGAAAUCCCACAGAUAGGCGAAGUGCAGUUUAUAGAGACUGUUGCAAUGAAUAAGGAACGAUUGAACAAGAUGCUUUAUGUACUUCAGCAUACAAUGGGGUCAAUGAAACCAUCAGUGCAGCGUAUGAUCAGCAUUAUUUUCUAUCGUGCAAUUUGGGGAUGGAUUGAAUCUUUUCAAGACGAGUUCGUGCAACUCUACCGGGAAAAGGGUCGAGUUGAUGGAAGUCCAGAAAUUUUAUUCAUGCUUUGCCGGGAUACUGCGAUGAAGAAAAGCAAAGAGACCCUUUGGCCAUUUCAGACUGCACUUCUUCUUAUCAGUCCUGGCCUUAUGGUAGAGACAGCCCAAUACAACUCGAUUGACUUUGUCCGAAUGAUCGAGAAGAUGGUGGUUGACGGUGAUAUGCGGAACGAAGAAGUAGCCUCACUUUGCGUAUUGGAUAUCUGUCGAGCUGCAUCAUACCUACAUGAAGAAUCUGCACUCUCCGUAUUACACCGACUCAACAUGACCGCUAAGAACAACCUUCAAGAACGACUUUUCGACAUUGAGCAUCCAAUAGCUGUUGAUAAGAUCUUCAUGACGUCCAAUGCACAAUACGGCUUGCCAGCGCAAGAGCAACGCGGUGGAAGACCGUUGGACAUCCAUUGCAUGCUGGUGGACGCAAUAACGACACUUUAUCGCCUGAACCCAAGAAACGCAGUAUACAGCGUCUUUCCCAUGUGUCUUGACAGCAAAGCCCCGGUUAUAUAUAAGUCUGCGUUAAUUAAAUCGAUCCGCUAUCUUAUAAUUUAUUAUAAUAUUGAAGAGCAUCGGGAUUCGCAAUCGCCAUGGAAGUUUGGUUCCAAUUAUUUCUAUGAAACCGUUUGCGAAAAGAUACGACAGAUCUUCAUCCAGUAUGUCAACAGUAUGGCCGGCAAUGAGCGUGCUGCAAUGAGCUCUAUGAGAAAUUGGAGCAACAAUACCAGCAACAAUGCGUCGGAUAACAAGAAAGGCGAUACUAAAUCAAUGACGAGCCAGACCAUCGAUCUCGAUAGCAACGAACGGCUCCAUACUAUAUGGGAGAUCUUGCGACUUUACAAUGUUGAUCCGAAGCUAGUGAUACUAGGUACUAACGGUCAACGGACUGACCAAAUAUUGCGUGUUAUUGAAGCUAUGAUUCAAUGCAUGCGCCAACCUAGCCAAUCCAUAACUACACUCGCCACAGAAUGUAUACGAAAGCUGCAUACGUCUGCCUACAUUCCACUUUGGGGUGAACCUAAACAUACCAUGUUCUCGUUUUGGAAAAUAUCGUCCACCAUUGUCCUAUACUUAGCUAAAGAGCUCCUCACCCUCAAAAGUGUUCAGAAUGCCGAAAUAAUAACCUGUAUGCGAACAGUUCACAAAAUACUUACUGAACGAGUUGUUUUCCUCAAAGGUGUAGGCAAGGAGACGGUAUUACAGGGGUGGAAUGCAACAGAAUAUUUGCAAGGAGCUAUUACAAUGGAAGUAGCCUUUCUAAUUUGGCUGAACGCGACCGAUGAAGAUAUUCUACGUAUGGAUAUUGCGUGCAUUAAGGAAUAUUGUAAAGAGAUCGAUUAUCUUUUUGCCAGCAACUCGCACACGGAAGUCGUCGGAUCUCAAGCGCUCAGGGUUCUCUUGGAAAACUAUCCGAUCUAUCUAGAGCUAUCUCUACUGGAUAAGGAGCUAGCGACGGGACGUAAGGGAGCACAAAGACAUAUCUGGCGUCUGCUACGUAUGCUGCCUCACGACUCACCAGCUUCACUUGUUGCUUGGCGAGAAGUUUGGAAAAGAUGGAAGUCGCUCACAGAAUCCUUGACCUCGAUCCAAACACAACAGGGGACGUCCAUUAACGGGCCACGUAGUCCAGGCAGCAGUCGAAGUUUCGGUAGCGGUGGUAGCGGAUCCACAUCUUGUUCAUCAUCCAAUGGUGGCAUGUCAGCAGGACACUUUCAUGUCGGAUCAACUUCAGAUAUACAUGAGCAGCCAUCUUAUCUAGGCAGCAGCAAGAAACGAAACAGGUCGCUAUGGAACUUCAAAGACCGAUAUACCCUGUGGCAUAACUGCACUGGCUUUCUCUCAUCACUUGCUGGUGCCUGUCUAGGGAAGCGAAAUAACGAUCAAAAUGAUGGCAACGAAGAUUACAUUAUGCUUGCGAACGAAGAUACAAACCAGCAAGCUACAGAAUUCAUUCGACUGAUGACACAGCUGUUGUCCUGCAGCGAUGUCUUUGUCCGCGAAAAAACCACCGACAUUCUCAGUAAGGAGCUGUCGCCUGCCGUUCGAACCGCGUUUUUGGAACAACUCGAGCACUCCUUGUCAAGCACUGUGGUUUCGUCUGCUUCAAAAUUGAAUUGCUUUAUGCUUGUCGAACGAACGAGCAAUAUUCUCUGUAGCUAUCUAGAAGAUCUUUCCAAUCAACCGACUACAAGCGCAGCAGUAUCCUCACAGAUAUUUGCCAAUCUCGUCGAUCAAUGUGCGAGUUUUCUUUCAUGCAAACCAGGUGAUACCAACCUAAAUACCGUGGGAAGCGAUAUAACAAGGAUCAGAUUACGAUUCGCCCAUCUUUGCAAAGCUCUUAUGAUUUCCAAAAAUACGAGCUCGUGGAUCAUGAUACAGCGAGAGUUUGCUCUACGCACUAAGCUACUCGGCACUGUAAUCGAGUGGAUAAUUAAUCCUCAAAAUAUGUUUAGUCAAGGUGAUUCUACUGAUAGUCCAGCAAUAACGUCCAGCGACCGAAACAAAACUACUAUUUCAACGGGCGGUACCAUUGGUACUGCGUCUGAUCACACGGCUCAUACUGUAUCGACAUCUCCUUUAAUAAAGGACUUAAACAUUCGGCGCGAGCUAGAAAUGCACUGCAUCCACGCAAUGAUGCUACUUCUUGACGGCCUUCCGCUCCAGCCCACUAUCUUUGGCGCUUUUCCUGGUGCUGAAGAGAUCAAUCAGAAUGUCAAAUGCCACAUGUUCUCUAGGUACUUCACAUACUUUUUCCAUGUCCUUCAGGAGUGCGUUGGUGUCCUUGAUGAACCUUCGAAACUAUCUUUACGAUCAACAAAGGGAAACACCAGUGACACCACUAGUGUGCAAAAGGGUACCAGUGAAGCAGGAAGGAUCCAACAAGCACUCGGUAUUAAAUCUUGUACCGUCCAAGCAAUAGCAAAUCUAAUAAGUGCAAAUUUGGAUGUCGGUUUAAACCAUGCCAUCGCAAAAGUGUAUGAUGAGAGUAUUGGUGUUCGCUCUGCGUUUGUACAAGUGCUUACUGAGGUGCUCAACAAAGGCACCCACUUCGAAAGCCUUUCUGAUACCAUUCAAUUAGAACGAUAUGAGCGGUUACUUGAUAUACUUACCGACGAAUCGAAUGACUUUGGCUUUGCUCAAUUCUUAUGCGAGUCAUGCCCAGCAUCUAAAGCUGAUGUAAUGGCGCGCUGCUUAUUGAAAUGCUUUGCGUCGAAACGAAAAACGGUGAAAUUUUUAAAGGUUAUGAUCGAAAGGGAAAUUCGUCACACUAAUGACGAAGCGGAACUUUUACGCAGAACUACUAUCACGACUCGACUUUUAUCCUAUCUCGCUGAAAGUGUCGGCGCACGAUAUAUUCAGCGUACAUUACACCCCGUGUUUCAAAAGCUUUGUAAAACGACUUUACCAAAGGGGUCAUCGUAUGAAGUCAAUCCAUUGAAGAUCGAAUAUGAUGAAGAAGAAGAUAUAGACCAGAAUAUUGCUAAUGUAUCGCAAGCAGCUGAUAUGAUCCUGACUGUUAUUUGCGAGUCUGCUAAAAUCGCGCCUCGGACCAUACGGCAGUUGUGUCAUUGCAUUGCUGUAUGUGCAGAAUCUCGCUUUUCCGGAGCCACGAACAAAGCAGUUGGUGCUUUUAUAUUUUUACGAUUCUUAUGCCCGGCUAUAGUAUCACCGGAAUCUACUCAUUUCCGUGGCAAAAUCAGUCCGGCUCUUUACCGCGGGCUUCUGAUUGCUGGAAAGGUCGCACAAAACCUGGCCAACAAUGUAUUGUUUGGUGACAAGGAAGAAUACAUGCUUCCACUAAACGACCUACUGACACACAAUAUCUAUCGCGUAACCCGCUUUCUACGCGAUAUCUCGAAGGAAUUAAACCAUAAUGAGGGUGUAGAAGAAGCAGAGGACGAGUUUGAAGACGAUCCAAUGAAUGACGGCGACUUUUGCUUGCUUCACCAUGUGCUUAUUGACAAUAUGCAAGCCAUGUCCCACCAUUUGUACACAAAGAAUACCCCCAGCAUCAGCCAUAAAACGAAGGCUGUCGAUCAUGCAAUUUUGGAAGGAAUGAUAUUACAUGGUCAGUUCGAAUGUGUGUCUAAUUUACUUGCCCACCUCGGUAGUCCACCUGACAUGGGCCGCAAAAAAUCAUCGGAUUUUUGUCUGCGCGGAAGACCGCUCAAUUUUGCAAGUCAAGCUUACAAUGAUUUCAUGCGACGAAACAACGACCGAUAUGUCGAUGAUGUAAUGGCAAAGAAGAUUGUUUAUGAAGCAGGAAGGUCGAGAGCUGGAAGACCAGUGCUUUACUUUAUCUUACGUCGCAUCCACGUUCACGACACGGAUUUUGAUUCAUUGAUGUACCUAAUUCUCAGGACCAUGGAAGUGCUAUCUGCUGAACCAUUUGAGAUAGUGGUUGAUUUUACAAUGUACACCACCGAACUGAAUAGCUCGCCUGAUCAAAAAUGGUUCUAUCGACUUGCCCAACUGACUCCUCGUGAAAUCUAUAAUAACAUUGCUGCCAUAUAUGCAUUUAAUGCCAAUGUUGACAUUGCCCGAUUUUUCAAGCGAGAUAUAUCCAAGCCUGUUCGUGAAUUCUUUAGCAAGUUUCAAUUUUAUGCAUCCGAGACGGACCUUCAUCGAUAUAUACAUCCAAAAGAAUUACAUUUGCCAGAAACUGAAGCCGAGUUGAGUACGGAUGCUCUAGUAACUGUCAAUGCAGUUCGUCAUAUGGUCAGCAAUAACAACGAAAAGGUGAUCCCGGUGGUUAUUAAAUUGACGCAUCGCUAUAUCCAAGUUACUACCGCAAAACGACAAAAAUUAUUCUCUGGUUGCACUGCCAUUCUAAACGACGUUUAUGCUAUAUCCGAAAUUGAGGAUCCGUUUCUUGGGCUUACAACCAUGGAUGCAUCUCAUGAAAUUCGCUUCAAAAAUAGUAAAACCCAGUCAGUAAUCACUUUCUCUACGACAUCAAGCCAUGACGCUGCACAGUUUAUAUUUGUACUCAAGAACUUAAAGAGCCGUGCGGACGCUCCUCCAUCUCCUGAAAACAGCAAAAUGAUACCGCCUGUUAGCGCUAUUCGACCAUAUGAUAUUCCGGGCAUGCUUCUUAAUAUCGUUUUUCACAAUAUGGGGAGCCCAAAUGAAGAGUUACGCCAUUCCUCUUAUAGUCUUCUAUGUGCGUUGAGCGAAAGCUUCCAUUUCGCACUGGCGAAUCAGUUUGUGGAAACUAAAGGCGUUUGUAUCCCUAAGAAUGACAUAUCUUGGAUUGUGGGAAUAAGUACUAAACUUGCACUCACUCAACAAGAAGCGACGCUCGAGCUAGUUCGAGAAUGGUUUGUCGGUUUCGAAAAGUCAACCGAGUCGGAGCAGCGUCUGUGUAUCGAGUAUAUAGCCCCAUGGCUGGCCAAUCUUGCUAGGAUUUAUACUCAAUGGAAAGGGCGUGAAGAGAUAGCAACCAAGACCAAAGAGAUUUUACACAUGAUGAUUGAGUUGACUGUCAAAGCGAAAGAAGCGAUUCGACAUCUCGUUCUAUCCAACAUAUGGAAACGAAUCGGUGAAAAUAACGUGGAUGGUAGCACGUUUAUUGAUCUAGUGCUAAGUGCGGUUACUGAAUAUGCAUAUGAGCAUGGUGGGGUUGGAUCAAUCCAGACCGAAAUCAUGACUGACAUUGUCGUCGCCAUGUUCAACAUGGCUGUAUGCGCCAAGAUACUUUCGCGAUUACACCACAUCUUUCUGCACUCUGCCUUCAGCUGGACACAUAAACUUGUCAAUCAUCCAUUUUGGCGAGCGAAAAUUACCAUCAUGGUCCGAUUUAUGCUCAUGGGAACUUUUCACUACCGUGGUCCAAUCAGACAGUGCACGCCAGAGAUGAUGCAUGUUAUUUCCAUAAUCGCUUGCAUUGGAACGACAUUGGAGCGAGAGACAGUACAUAGCAUGAUGGUUAACUUUAACCAGGCUUUGUGCACUAUUGAACCUGUGGAUACCGAAAAAGCGAGGCAGAUGCUCGAAAAACUAAGCAACAAUUCUGCAAUGCGAACACGGUUACUUUUCGGGCUCACCAAGACCUAUGCAACACCGUACACCGCAACAAUGGAAACGACGACCGAUACAGUCGAAUCAGUGGAUCUGUAUGCAGUGGAAGCACUUGUCGAGCACUUGAUCGACGGUAUCCAAAUUGUCGCACCCAAUACGGAUAUAUUAAACGCGUGGAAAGCACGAUGGCUCAGUCUAGCAUGUAGUCUAGCUUUUCAAUUCAAUCCGGCAGUCCAGCCACGGGCGCUCAUUGUUAUUGGAUGUCUCGCACGCGAGGGCAUAGACGACGAACUAAUAUUCCAAAUUUUAAACUUGCUUCAACAUGCAGUGGCAGAGGCCCACUUUGAACUCGCUCAAGGUAUCAUCAUGUGCUUGCGACGCAUCGUUUGCAGCGUUCCACGGGAUUCAUGCUACCUACUGCCGCUCUUUUGGAUUGCCCUAGCGCUCGUACAAGUUGAUUAUCGUCCUCUUUAUGCAGCUACUCUAGAGCUGCUUGCUGGUGUACUCCAUACCCUUCAAGAGUAUCGCAUGAUUGACGGUGGUGAUAGGAACCCUGCUAAGUUACUGCUAUCUAUCCGUCAAGGAGAUAUUACGCAAGAGUACGACCGAGAACUAGGCGUCAAUUUCGAGCAGUAUUUUUCGUUUGCAGUGGCCACAGUCCUGUUGAAGCCUAGCAUACAUAAUGUCGAGAUGGUCAGAACUCUGAGGCCAAAGCUGGAAGACUUUCUAAACAUUGAAAUCAACCGGUACAAUGGAUGUGACAACGGAAACAAUUUAAUUCCGGUCAGUGCGUUGGGCUAUGUAGCUGCACUAUUGCCGGAUAUUGCCGCGGACGAAAACAUGUUACGGAAGCUGGGUCUGGAUGGGCCGACCGGCAUAUUGAAGAAGCUCCGGAUACCGGACAAGACAGCUGAGAUAUUGUUCAUCACGUUGUUGUCGAUCCAACUAUCAUCACAUGACAAACAGCGUAAAUUACGCAUAUAUGACUUUUUGGCAGAGGCUGCAGUCGUCAUGCCUGAUACAUUUUGUAUUGUAUACGAGAUGAUAGCGUCAAAAAUGAACAAGGUGUUGGUCAACUCGACGGAUUUGGAGUUUGUCAGUCGAGUUGAAUCCAUCCUUCUUACUGUUUGCUCAAGCAUUCCCACUGACUCAUCUGAGCGGGCAAAGCGAAGAUACAAAUUGUCACUUGAACAGGCUGGAUUUACUGCGCUGAUAGAUUUGCAUAGUCCACGUAAACGGGAUAUAAUCAGCAAUGCAAUGCUCUCAAGCAGACUUGUAAAGCAUGUCAUUGAAACCAGCAGUUAGAGCACACAUAAAGUUUGUUUUUUAAAAUAGGAUUUUAUUAUCACUACUACAGCAAGUUUCGAGAUGAGAAUGAGAAAUACUAUUUUUAAAGAGC